CCGACUGCGAAUGCUCAGCCGACAUCGAUACCCCCCGAUCCAAAGAUCUCCGACCCAAAGACCCCCGAGCUCCACUACCUGGACGCCAAAAAUCUCUAUUUUUCAAACAAGAACAGGAAGAAGACGCCUCCCCCUAUCCCAGCCAAGCCUGUACAUCUGCGUAAAAAGCUUUCUGAACAGUCGUCACCAGUCAAGCCCCCCGCGUCCGCGGUUAAAGCUGCGGAUGCUGGGGCCGACCCCGACCGCAUCGAAUACAAGGAACUGGAUCCGGUGACUACAUGUGCUUUGGAGUACGUUACUAAUCUGAUCACGGAUACUAAUAAGCCGACGUAG